CGAUGAUAUUAUCUUGGAUGUCUCAUUUGAUCUCGGAUGUUUUAAGCAAUGUACGAAGAACGAGCCCCAGAACACCGAGAAUCCUCAGCAGAGAACCUAAAUGAGAGUUCCAAUAAUGGGUUAGAAGAUCCCCUUUCCUUGACUGUUUGCGAAAGUCCAGCACAACCCAGCCAAACUAUGGAAAUUACUUCAUGUGAUGAGCAUAUCAGCAUUGCUGAUAGAAUAUAUCGGGAAUGCCAGCAGAGCGGACCACUUCGUUUUUUUGAAUGUGUCCCUCCAGCUGGCAUGAAACAUUGUCUCAAGAUUGGCGAGGGGACUUUUGCAGAGGUCUUCUCAGUUUUAAAUGGUGCUAAUGAGGCCAUCGCUCUCAAAAUCAUCCCUGUAGAAGGAAGUCAUCGAGUCAACGGUCAACAUCAGAAAACGUUUCGUGAAAUCCUCCAUGAAAUCAUCAUUUCUAAGCAGAUAAAUAGCCUUAAAAUAAACGAGACGAACAAGACAGAUGGCUUCAUUGGGCUCAACAACUUAUAUAAGUGUAAAAUGAGGUAA